AUGAAAUAUAAUAAUAAUUACUCAUUUAAUGCUCUAAAUCAAAGAUCAAUAAACAACGAUUAAUACUUUCCUGCAGAAGUAUAAUAGAAUACUAGUUUUAUACUUGUGCCCUGGAACAAUAGUGUUCAAGAAAACUUUAAGCAUUAAUUCAGCACUUCUGCCAUACCUGCCAUAAAACCCAGGUAAUAAAUUAUAGCUACCUAGAUUCUACCAUACCUUCCAUCAAACCCAGAUAACCAGAUGAUCCAUCUAUCAUAAACCCCUGUUUAAAACAUAAGUUUUAACAUAGCAAUCUGA